CUCAGGCUCCUUGGAAUAGUCCACUGACCACAAGGGGGGGGUUCUGUGUGUGUACCACGACAACGCUGUACACUGUACCACAGCAGGCAGGGUGCCGGUUAGCCUAUUAUCUCCAUUGUGUCCGGGGGUGGGGUCAAGCUGAGCUGAAACAUCCCAGAGGAAGAGGGACGGAGGGCGAGAGAGACAAGGAGGGAGCAACAGCAUCGGGAAGAGAAGACGUCGAGGGAUGAAAGGAGACACACCAGUGAACAGCACCAUGAGUGUGGGACAAGCAAGGAAGCUGGUGGAGCAGCUGAAGAUCGAAGCCAGCAUGUGCCGGAUCAAGGUGUCCAAGGCGGCGGCAGACCUGAUGGCAUACUGCGAUGCCCACAUCUGCGAGGACCCCCUCAUCACCCCGGUGCCCACUUCAGAGAACCCCUUCAGGGAGAAGAAGUUCUUCUGUGCUCUCCUUUAAGGAGGGGGAGACCAGGAGCACGAGAGUGAGAGAGAACAGCGUGUGAAACUGAUGCCGUUUGGAUCGAACCACACACACACACACACAUACACACGCACAGAGACACACAGCAAUAACAUGAUGUGAGCCGAGUUUCCUCACUGACUACAACGACCCCAGGGCCGAAAGCAAAGCGGCCCAUCCUAGGACAUUACCCAGACGUUUACACUGUUUUUCCCAUGUUGGUGUGUAUGUUACAAGGGACACAGUCCACAAAGAUGUAGCGGCGAAGAGGCACUUCCGUCCAACAACAUCCAAGGGAAAAGUAUAUAUAUUUGACCAAAAAAACACCACUAAAUUGGUGAGAACCACUUACAGAACUGUUCAAAGUCAGAGAGAGCACAAUUAAUUGGUAAAAAUGAAAAUUAAAUCCAUUCACUUAAAAAGAAAUUCAAAAAUUUUAGAAUUUAAAACUUUAAAAAGUAAAUUGAAAGGUUGUCAGAGAGGGAACUUAUUGACAAACUGACAGUAAUUUUCUGCAGUUGCUUGCAACUUAAAUGAUUAUAACAGUCAUUAAAUCAUUUUCAUCUUUUUCAUUAUAAACAAGAACGGUCCUGUAUGUAUUUGGCCUUCAUUUGGUCCAGCUGAUAGAAAAUCUGUUUCUUCUAGUAUCUGGGCUCAAAAAACACAUAUGGCCCAAGGGUAAGGGCACAAAGGACUGCGCUGCUUGAAAGCCAUCAGAGGAGGAUGAUCAGUCCCUCUCACACACACACACACACACACACACACACACACACACACACACACGGAUGUACGCGCAUGAACACUGCAGUAAAAGCACUCGAGCACCGCGGUGAACACGGAUACCUUCAAAGGAUGACGAUUGGCAGCUUUCUUUAUUGCGUGACGUUAUUAAUUUUGGCAGAACUGAUGGAGCCCUUUAAGUCUCUCAGGGAUUCCAGGUUAAAAUAAAAACCCCUCGGUCAGGAUUCGCUUCGCUCUUCAGGCCCCCUUGCAGCGUUCGCAUAACUCACCGCUGCACUUAGCCGGAACAUCUUGAUUGAUACGUGUAUGUGUGUCUUAGCGUUGGUGGAUUCACAGGUCAGAAUAAACACUCCUUUCACUAUCAGUUCAUCUGUGGUUCUUUGAGCCAUUUGUUACUAUAUUCC